UGAAGGCAGAAUUCGGGGGGCCUGGAACGUGAGUCCGGAGGGCUUGGACGCUGCGAGCUGAUAAAAGGGCCCCGCCCACGACCCGUUAUCACUGCUCUGUCUCCUUCCACAGGUUGGACAAAUGCAGCCUAGCCGAGGACUGCGAGCCAGGGACCUCAGGGGAGCUGAGCGGACUGAGGCAUAUCAAAAUUGAGCCAGACGACUUGGACAUCAUUCAGGUCACCGUCCCAGACCCAUCACCCACCUCUGACGAAAUGCACGACCCUGUGACCGGGCACCUGCCCUCAGAGGAAUCCAGCUACAUCCUCGAGGCGAUGGAAGAGAAAGGGCCCUGCGAGGACCUUCGGCAUGAGGAGAAGCAGGUGGAAGAUGGCAUCGGGGACGUCAUCCGGCAUCUGCGGAAGCAAGUGGAGACGCUUUUUAACACGCGAUACGCGAAAGCCAUUGGCAUUUCGGAGCCAGUCAAAGUCCCCUACUCCAAAUUCCUGAUGUACCCAGAGGAACUCUUUGUUGUGGGGCUGCCCGAGGGCAUCUCGCUUCGUCGGCCAAACUGCUUCGGGAUUGCCAAGCUCCGGAAGAUCUUGGAGGCCAGCAGCAGCAUCCACUUCGUCAUUAAGAGACCUGAACUCCUUGCUGAAGGAAUAAAAGAGACAGCCACGGACAGCCCUGGGACCCUAGAGAGAGAUUCUGGGGACUCCCUGGUGGAUGAGACCGUCAAAAGACAGGGGUUUCAAGAAAAUUACGAUGCCAGGCUCUCACGGAUAGACAUCGCAAACACGCUGAGGGAGCAAGUCCAGGAUCUGUUCAAUAAAAAAUAUGGGGAAGCCCUGGGCAUCAAGUACCCCGUUCAAGUCCCCUACAAACGGAUCAAGAGCAACCCUGGCUCCGUGAUCAUCGAGGGGCUUCCCCCCGGGAUCCCCUUCCGGAAGCCCUGCACCUUCGGCUCCCAGAACUUGGAGAGGAUCCUCGCAGUGGCUGACAAGAUCAAGUUCACCGUUACCAGGCCUUUCCAAGGACUCAUCCCCAAACCAGCCCCUAGACGGAGCGCAGCCCCGGGAAAAGCGUUCGCUGCCGCGGAUGAUGAGGAUGACGCCAACCGGCUUGGGGAGAAGGUGAUUCUUCGGGAACAAGUGAAGGAGCUGUUCAAUGAAAAAUACGGUGAGGCCCUGGGCCUGAACCGCCCGGUGCUGGUCCCAUACAAGCUGAUCCGGGACAACCCGGAGGCCGUGGAGGUCACGGGCCUGCCGGACGACAUCCCUUUCCGGAACCCCAACACGUACGACAUCCACCGGCUGGAGAAGAUCUUGAAGGCUCGGGAGCACGUGCGGAUGGUCAUCCUCAGUCAGCUGCAACCUUUCGCUGAAAUAUGUGGAGAGGCCAAGCAGCCGGUGAAAGACAGCAGCGUCCCCAAACGAAAGCGGAAGCGAGUCUCGGAAGGGAAUUCCAUCUCUUCCUCCUCCUCCUCCUCUUCCUCUUCAUCGUCCAAUCUGGAGUCCACGGCCUCGACCAAUCAGAUUUCGCUUGUGCAGUGGCCAAUGUACAUGCUGGACUAUGGUGGUCUGAACGUGCACAUUCCAGGACCCAUUAACUACUAGACCUCAACGCUGACUCAGAACCUCAGACAGAAAGAAUAAAUACGUGUAAUUUAUGUACAAAGUGUAUAUCCGGAUAUGUAUCGAUGCCUUUUAGUUUUUCCAAUGAUUUUUACACUAUAUUCCUGCCUUUUUAAAUAAAAAGAAAGUGUUGCCUUGCU